CUUCUCAGUAAUAAAGAAGCAAGUCAGACAUCCCUGCAACUAGCAGCUGAUAUGCCACAUGCAGCUCAGGAACUAAAAGCAUCUAGUGAGGAGUUUCAUCUUUCUUUACCUCAAUAUGAAACACCUGAACUUGAACUGCAUAAAAAAGCUGUUCCUGGAUCAAGUAGUUCCCUGGAUGAGUUAUGUGGGAGGACAAAAAGUAAAGCAGACAAAGAGGAGCGGUUCUCAAAGAUUAGUAAAAAAUUAUUUGGUAAGAAAGAAAGAGAAGCACCCAAAAAGGAUGAUCAAGUUUCAAAAUCAGCUGAAAAUAUGCUUAAUGAGAAGAAGGAUGCAGUGGAAGAAACAGAUGUUGAUAUUGAAAUUUGUCCAAUUGACCAUAUGCCAGACAAUGAAGAACCAGAUAUCGAUAUUUAUCCCCUUGAUGAUGAUGGAAAACCUGAUACAGUCAAUGGGGCUGAAAAUCAUUUCGUAAAUGGUCUAAUCGAUCCACAUGCUUCUGGAGAUCUGGAAACUCAAAGUGAUGUUGAAGGAAAAAAAGUUGUGAAUUCUGCAGCAAAUCAAAGAACAGUUAAUGAUGAGGAUGCUGAAGUUGAAAAAUCAGCAGGAAAACAGCUCAUCUUGGAUGAUGUAUAUCAUCAGGUUUUAUCAGGAAACAUGAGUGUGACAGUUCCUAAUUCAGCCAAGAUAGUGAGAAUAUUCACCAGUUCCACUUUUACAGGUAAGCAGAAUACAUAAAGCAUUUAAUCACAGAAAGGGGAUAUCUGGGUUGAUAUAUUAGAAAUCUCCUGAAAGAAGUGAGUACUAUGGAGCCUGUGUCCUACCGACAUCACAUAUAUUUUGUUUCCUCCUAUCUCCUAAAAGGAACCUUUUGUUCACUCAGAUUGUUGAAAAACUUCCUUCCUUUAAAUGUUCUAAUAAACAAGUUAGUAUAAGGUGUAAGAGGUCUAUGUGUGGUGUACCCCUCAGCUUUCCGUACUUUAGGCUAAAGUAUGUGAUUUUCCUUUCCAUGUGUCAUAAUCAGCCCUGUGUCCUAUGUUAUUUCUAUAAGUUAACAACUUCCUUCAAUAGAAAUUGUAAAAAACAGCAAAAACUAGUUGACUAAAGAGAUGGGGGCCUGGAUGACCUGGAACAACCUCCUCUUCUUAGACCAAAACAAAGACCCACCAGGCUCUAGUGGUAAAACUCUUUGUUGGCUAGUUGUUUCCAGGGGUAGUUUCCCUUCCCUUUCAGGCACACUUACAUUUGAGGGGUAUAUUUAUGCUUCUGGUCUUUCCCUGAUUGUUGAAAGUUUUUAUCCCAACACAGAUGCAAGAGUUGAGCGCAAUGCACUGAUGAGCCAAGUUUAUCCAAAACUGAGAGACUUCUGUCAUGAGAAAGGUUAUGAGUUUCAGGUGGUAGACAUGCGCUGGGGUAUUCAUGAUCCAUGCACUGAUGACCACAUGUUCAGUGAGGUUUCGUUAGAGGAGCUCAAUCUCUGCCAGGAGCUUUCUACUGGUCCCAACUUUGUGGUGAGUAACCUGAAUAGAUACCACUCUUUUGUUGCUUUUUUCUCUCCUUUCAUCUCAUUUUUUUAAGGAAAACUAUGUUUUUUCAAAGGGAGGUGCAGGGGAUGUUUAUUUGUGAUUACCUUGAGAUUUUAUUGGGCCCUAUAAUAUUUUCCUUUCUUCUGAUUGGUUGCUCUGAUUUAUUUGGGGUGUUUUUGUGACACCCAUUCUAAAUGCUCUCUUAAUAGUUUGGAUGUAUAAAAACCUCAGCUGAGACAAAAUGGAUAUAUCCUCCUCUUUUAUUUCCUAUUCCAUCACAUUGGAGUAUUUUGCAAAGCAUUUUUUUUCCAAGAAGAACCAAGUUCAAUGUUGGCAACGGAAUUUGCUUAUUUCCAAAUGUCAGUUACCACGACAGAAGUUGCAGGUAGCCAUCUAAAUAGACCCAAAAGACAAAUUCAAUUAACCAGCUUCAUGCAGUCACGCUCUUAAUCGAAUAUGACACUAAAAUUUACUUUGGAGGACUGAAGUGUUAAGGGCGAAAAAACAUAUGUAUAGAACUUUUUCCGCCCGAUAAGUAAUUGUGAAGGUAUAGACCAUCCUAAACGUGAUUAUGAUCAUCUUUUACAGACAUUUUUGAGUCAUAAGUACGGUUAUCGUCCUUUUCCUCGUACCAUUUCUGCCUCUGAGUUUGACUCCUUGUUUGCUGCAAUUGAAGAUGAAGACGACAAGCGACUGUUACAAGUUUGGUUCAAGCUUGAUGACAACGCCAUCCCACCGGAGUAUGUCCUUCAACCAAUCAGCAGCCAGUUUCCAGACUUCCUCGAUCCUCCCACCGUUGAAGCCAGGCAACACGCUCUUAAGGAAUGGUGGGAUGUAUUCCUCAGCCUGCAGAAUGCCCUGCCGAAGGCAGCUACAAAGACGCUGCCUGAAGAUGCAGCACAUAAGUACUUACAGUCAGGUAACUGUUAUGUUCUAGAGAGGAACUAAGUUGACGUUUCUUUUACUUUGUCUGAGGCAACACAGGAACCUAAUCUACUUGCAAAUCACUAAUUUUCAUUUUUACUUUGCUGCAUUUCCUUUUUAUCCAUUUAACUUUUGAACUCACGAAGAGAGUAAAGGAAUUUCUGCAAACAUGGAACAAACCUGUACAAGGGGAAAGCUCACUUCCUUGCUAGUACAAGAAAAUGAAUGAUUUUUUACACGUUUCUAUUUUACUUUUAACAUUUCCUCGUUAUAAAUGUUUAAAGAUAUGAGGAUUAAUUUUAAUUGGUUGCCACCCCUAAUUUUCAAGUCGCUUAGAACAAUUUUCGUCUCAAUUUCUUUCCUCUUUCAAAAAAUAAAGAAAAAGAUUGCUAAUAAGUCCUAAAUUUUGUGUCAUCGUGAAGAAAACGGAGAGACCAUUUUUUUCUUUUUUGAGGUCGUCCAUACGUCCAUACUCUGACAGACCAUAAGUAACCACCAAUUACAGAGCGUAUAGCAUUCAUUUUGAUGAGCAAAUGUAAAUAAACCGAACGUUUUAAGAGGUAUAAUGAUUUGUUACUUUAUCUCUGUUCACAGACUCAGAAGAGGAGAUAAAGCAGGGCAUUAUAGAAAGGAAUUUGUCAAGCUUACAGGCAUUUUGGUUCAAACGCAACAUCACAGAUAUGAAAGAGAACCUCAACAAUCCUCGCGCAGCGAAGUAUGUCGACGUCGAAGAACUUCCACCGAAACUGCGUGGUAGAGGAGAAGUGAAAGGGUUGGACAAGUCCACAAAGGCUAUUCUAAAAUUACUGAAAGAAAAUCAAAUCCCCAAAGCAAUUGAUGAUAACAAUAUAGCUUCGUAUAACAUUAAGUGGGGAGAAAAAGGUGUUGAUCCUCACUCGAAUGAGGAACACGCCCAAUACAUUAAAAAACUGUGUCAAGACUACCAUGAAAAGAUGAAGAAAAGCAUUGAAGAAGCUGUCAAAAAGAAGAGAAAUACUAAAUGGGACGAUGGGGUGCUUGAAGAAGUUGCACAGCAUCAAAUAAACUGUAAAAAGCUUUCCUCCUCCUCCUCUUGUAUUCCUAGUAAAGUGCUUGAUGGCAUCAAGGACUACAUUACAGGACAAAUCAAUUCUCCCUUAGUUAUUCAUGGGAAGCAAGGUUCUGGUAAGACAUCUUUGAUUGCAAUGGCGGCUAAUUCGUGUCAGACGUGGAAUGGAGGUGAAGUGGCAACUGUGGUGCGUUUCCUUGGCACUACUCAUCAGUCCUGUAAAGUGCACUCACUUUUACGAAGCAUUUGCCAUCAACUUUGUUUGGUUUAUAAAGCUGAUUCCAAGAACGUUCCACAGGUUUGUUUGUAUAAUUUUCUGUAUAGUUCGUUUUCAUAAAAUCGGACUAUGGCAAAUUUCACUCUUUUAUGACUAAAACCUUAUAAAAACUAAACUGUAAGCAAAAAGAGUGGCCAAUUUGUGUUUAUAAGUUUGUUUGUAUGUCCUAAACUAUUUUGUGAUUGGUCAAUACACAACUAGCUAUUCAAAAUCAAAUUAAAAUGUCUUCGGUUUUCUUAGUCUUACAGUCAUGGUUUCAAUCCUUUACAGGACUAUCAAAAUUUAGUGAAAGAAUUCCAUGUCCUGCUUCAAAGAGCCUCCCAAUCUCAACCAUUGGUGUUGUUGUUGGAUUCACUGGAUCAACUUCAGAGUUACAGUAUCAAGCGAGAGUUGUCAUGGCUGCCAAAUAAGCUGCCUUCUCACGUAAAGAUUGUCCUCACGUGUUUGACCGGAGACCAGGCCUUUGCCUGCCUCAAGGUGGGUAGUUUAGCCUAUAUUGCACAUUGAGUUGGAGUCCUUGAGUUUCUCACGAGAUUUUAACUCGCCUUUCAAAUUGGUGAUAUGUACACCAUUAUUCUGGCAAUGGUAAGUAUCCACAUAAGCUGUAUUUUUUUUUGCAUUCCUUUUUUCCUGUCUUGUGUAGGUAUCAGGUUUUUGAUAGCUGUCUCUUUCUUUACGAGUUGGAUACUGAAAAUCACGUGAAUAACUUGACUGACAGAAACUAUUUCUUGGUCUUAUCUCCUUGAUUAUCUUUUCAGGGCAUUGUCGUUGAUGACAGCCAUUUCGUUGAGAUCCAAGAGAUGACUGAUAGCGAAAUGGUGGACAUCAUGAAAUUAUGUUUACAAAGCAACAACAGGAAGCUGACUGAAUCACAAGAAAGCUUCGUGCUAAAGCAAGUCUCUAACUGUCGAUCUCAGCUUUACCUAAAGCUCUCCCUGGAACAGGCUCUCACGUGGAAAUCAUAUACUGCUUUGGCAGAAGUAAGUCUCAGUGCUUCAGUGAGGGAGAUGAUCAUCUCCUUGUUCGAAUAUCUGGAGGUUAAACACGGAAAGGAGAUAUUCCAACAUACUGCUGCGUACAUAACCGCUUCUAGGAGAGGAAUAAGCGAAGCGGAAUUGGAAGAUAUCUUGUCUUGUGAUGAGGUCGUGUUGGAUAAACUAUUUUCAAGCUGGGCUCCACCAAUUCGACGUCUUCCUUUGUCACUUUGGCUACUCAUCAAAGCUGAUAUAGGCCGCUUCCUUGUUGCUCACGUUGAAAAUGGAGUCCGUUUGAUCACUUGGGCCCAUCAGGAGUUUCAUGACAUUUCCAUGGAGAAAUUCCUGUUCUCCGAUGAUAAGGACCUUCACCGCUUUCAUUCAGAGCUAGCAGAUUAUUUUAUCGGUCGAUGGACUCAAGGUGCGAAGAAAGGAGACGGGAAGGGGAACGUGAAAGAACGCUAUCUUCCUCGUCAGCCACUUCAGUUUGCCAAUGAUGUGUUCAACUACAGAAAGUUGAAGGAACUCCCUUUUCACUUGUUGAAAUCUGACGAUUUUGAGAGGCUCAAACAAAGCGCCCUCUGUAACUUUGAAUUUCUGUCAGUUAAACUGAAAGCUACCUCGGUUCAUGACGUUAUUGACGACUUUAUUGAGGCUCUGGCUGUCAGACCAGACGACCCAGAUUUAAAGCUUGUUUUUGAGACAUUGCAACUUUCCAUGGAAGCCUUGAACGUGUCUACAGACCAGUUGUCGUCACAGCUCAUUGGACGUUUAUCCUCUUCUCGUUCCCCAUCUCCGUUCAUUGCUCGACUUCUACGUCAAGCUCAUCACCCUUCCAAUCCAGCCCUAAUUCCCAACAUCCGUUGUCUUGCACGACCAGGUGGAAAACUGGUACACUCAUUUCCAGGUCUUCACGGAUCUCUCGUCCUCAGCCAGAAUGGCGACAAAGCCAUGAAUGGAUCUCAUGACCAGCUUAUCACCCUGUGGAACGUGAAGAGUGGCGAGGUAGAAAAAACUUUGGAUACAUCCAGACCUAUUGGCUAUGUGGACUUCUGCCUUGAUGAACAGUUUGCAAUUGCAUCUUGUCAAGGAUCACUGCAAUUUUGGAAUCUUAACAAAGCACAUAUGGUUUGGGAAAUCCCUAGCACGGAAACACCUGCUCCAAUUACAGUUGCUGGAAUCCGUGACACUUUGGUGGCGAUUCUAGAUAGGGUCAUCAAGUUUGUAAACCUGAGCGAUGGAACACUCACGAGGGAUUUUGUGGAUAAGAAGUUCCUUCAUGACAGAAUUGCUGGCCUUGGAAAUAGCGUUGCCUUCGCAAGCUCCACGGCGGCCUACACCAGAGUCUAUGAUCUCAAUACGAAGGAAAUUCGUCUGUCUAUCAAGGUGUCUGGGGAAGACUCGGAGGAUGUUGUGAACAACCUGAUUCUUACUUCAUUCUACGGGGGUCAACUCAUUGUGUCUUUCGAGAAGUCUAGUAGUGUGCGAGUGUUUGAGUUGAACACUGGAAAGUGUCUUCACGUUCUUGGACCAGAUAUUCUUUACCCUACUGUAACUAAGAAUGGGCGCUAUAUGUUGUGCACCAACAAUUUCAAUGACAUUGCAAUCUGGAACUUGGAAACAGGUAUCAAGGAGAAGCAGGUGCUGAAGCAUCCCCCAACGACUGCCAUUGUGAGAGUUUCCUGUGUUGAUUUGAGGACAGUCUUGACAGUGUCCGAUGACCUAAUGGCACGUGUAUGGGAUUUGGAAACCCAGGAAGGUUCUGAAGCCUGCUUUGAGGACAACAAAGAGACGAACAGCAUCCAGCAGUUAAUACCGAUUAAAAGCAGUGUUCAAAAGCAAGUAAUCACCAAGUCAAAGACUACCGGUCCCAUCUGUGUGUGGAAUUUGAGUUCAUGUCAGAUAAUUCGAACCUUGAAUAACACUAAUGCAGAUGAAAUUCUAGUUGUCGACGACACUCGCGCUGUCAUACGUUGUGGAACUAAACUUGCAAUAAUUGACCUUCAAGAAGGAAAACUGAUCAAACACAUGCGAUCUGACUUUGCCCCCAAAACGGAUAAAGUCCACCGACACGCAAGUUCCUUGUACAAGCGUCGAGAUUUAGCUCUGCGGUUAGCCGAGAGUCCAAGAGUGCCUGCUGUGUCAACGAGUUUGAAAUUCAGCGAUUGUGCUUUGGUUGGCACAACACACGUACUUAUCCUGUCCAAAGAUCGCUUGUAUCUCAAGUUGGCUUCCCUUGAAACUGGAGAACUUGUAGCGAAGCUUAAAAGUGGUCUAAACGCUAUCAUCGAAACAGUGAUGGUCAGCGGCAACGGCUUGGUUGCAGUGUGCUCAUGUGAGAAUGCUCCACUCAUAGUCUGGGACCUGAGAGACAAAGCCAAACGGUACACGUUACAAAUCAGUGGUCACUACCCAAGUUUGACAACUGCUGACAUAAGCUACAAUGGCCAUUACUUAGUUGACGUUAGCAAGUUAGACAAGACACGAAAAUCUGUGGUUACGUGGGACCUGGAGACGGGUAAGGUCAAACACGUCAUUGGCCAGGGGAUGAAUGUCUGGAAUGUGGCAGUGUCCUCCCUGAGCAUGCGUAUGCUAGUGGCUGGAAGACUUGGCACCAACGAGACCUUGCGGGUGUACGACUUGGUCACCGGUAAAUUUUACCACCAACUGAACGGCCACACGGAACCUGUCAAAGGUGUUUGCUUGUCUAAAGAUGGGAAACGAGCCUUGGCUUACGUUCCUCUUGGCGUUCGUGAUCGCACUGUUCGCAUAUGGGACCUUAUAUCCGGCACUCUUCUUGCCUGCUUCACUCCAGACCUUCCCGUUUCCAGCUGCAUCCUGACGGAUGAUGGAGAUCAGGUUGCCAUGGUAAUUAACAAAUCCCGUCCAAUCGUAUCACUGGCCUUGUCGCACGAGGUUGGGUCACGUGAGCUGUCUGUUGAUGUUUCAAAUCCUUACUUCAGCCACCCCACCCUGCAUGGAGCCGUGUUUGAUAUGAGUGACGAGCUCAAAUGGAAUGAUGAGGAUGAUGAUGGUGACAGUGACAAUGAAACAGAAGUUAAUGUU